CGGUCGGCAGCGAGAUUGUGCGUGGCAGGAUGGCAGACGACGACGAGGCAAGGCUGCUCGCGACCACCCCGUACUACGAGUCGUGGCACGGCAACCAAGACUUCUACCGACGCGGCGCCAUCGUCGUGAGCAAGACGCAGUGGAAGAACUGCGUCGGGACCGUCCUCUUCAUCACGGCGGUCAUCGGUCUCUACAUCUACGUCGUGAUGGUCACGUCGCUCCCGCUCGCGUACAUUGGCGUCACGAUUCCAGGCUACAUCAACGCGCUCUACUGGUUUGCCAGGACGGCCUUUAUGGACCCCGGCUUUGUGCCCAAGCACUACGAGCAACAGCGCGAUGCGCCGUCGACCGCGAACAAGGACGACGAGCCCGACCGGUUCUGCACGUUUUGCGAAGUGCCCAAGCCGCCACGCCGAAGCCACUGCCGCGUCUGCAACUGCUGCGUCGACCAGUUUGAUCACCACUGUCCGUGGACAGGCAACUGCGUCGGGAAGCGCAACCACCGCGUCUUCGUCGCCUUCCUCGUCGCCCUCGUCGUCCUCGAUCUAUUUAUGUUUGGAACCCUCGUGGCCUUUACGAUCCAAUUUACCUUUCUCGAGGACCAUGGCCUCCGCGCCUUCAUGGACCGCUAUUGGAUCGUGCCCGUGGCGCUGUACGCGACCGGCAGCACGCUCGGCCUCCUCGGAGCGUUCCUCGCCUACCAUCUGCAGCUCAUCUCGAAAAACAUGACGACGAACGAGCUCAUUCGUGCUCGGACAGCACAGGUGCUCGCGGCCAUCAACGCAACGCCCGAAGAAAACACCGACAACGACGACGACGACAACCGCCGGCGCCGGCCGUCGGCGUACGCCAACUGGCGAGCCCACUGGCACCGGUUCCUCACGGCGCCGACACCUCCGAGCAAAGUCCUCGAGUCGCGUGCGACCGCAGCGCCUUCCAUUGUCAUUGUUUAAAACCAAAAUCAACGACAUGUCUACGACGA